GGUGACAACUUCGAAUGGAGUGGAUGUGUUCACCGCCUCGCUUUCUUCUAUAUCGUUGUGCCUGCCAAUUCAUUUUCGUGGACAUGGUUCAAAUCUUCUCUGGAAGGUGUUCGAUGUAACUCUCCUGCAUGAAUCGGUCAUUGGAAGGGGUG